ACAGCUAGCCAAUCAUUUUGGGACAGGUAAGCAGUGCUACGUGGUUAUUCACCGCCUUCUCCAAUUAAUGGCAGGAGUGUGGCGCGUUUUUCGUGUGACUCCCGUCCUCGACUUGUUCGCCCCACCUAUAAAGAGUUCAACAAACAGUUGAAAUUCAAUUAAUUAACAGGAAAUAAAUUGGGGCACAACAAUAAUUCUCUCUCGCUAUCUGCAAAUUUUCAUAUAUUAGGGAUUUUCCUUAACCAUGACUACAUCAAGGCGUCUCGCUGAUAGGAAGAUCGAGAGGUUUGAGAAAAACAUUACCAAGCGAGGAGCUGUUCCUGAAACUACCCCUAGGAAGGGAAGCCAAUAUCCUGUUGGCCCCAUCUUGCUUGGCUUCUUUGUCUUUGUUGUCAUUGGCUCAUCUUUGUUCCAGAUAAUAAGGACAGCAACCAGCGGGGGUAUGGCUUAAGCGUAAAAAGUUAUACAAGUAGCGGUGAUGAUGGGCUAUGCCUGGUUGUUGCAGUGUUGUGUUUCCUCAAAGUUUAGACCAAUGUAGGAAUUGAAGAGAAACUUCUGUAGGAAUUAUGUUUUUCAUUUAUGAGACUCAAAUAUAAAUUUUCUCA